AUGGCGUCCCUUCGCACCGCCGAGCACACCAAGACCGACCAGGAGCUUGCCAUCUCCAUCAAAAAAGCAACGAGUGCCGACGAAAUCUCCCCCAAGCGCAAGCAUGUCCGCGCUUGCAUCGUUUACACAUGGGAUCACCGAUCCUCCUUGGCCUUUUGGUCCGGCAUCAAGGUCCAACCCAUCAUGGCCGAUGAGGUCCAAACCUUCAAGGCCCUCAUCACUAUUCACAAGGUCCUGCAGGAAGGCCACCCCAGUGCUCUCAAGGAGGCCAUGGCCAACAGAGGCUGGAUCGACGGCCUGAACCGUGGUAUGGCUGGUGAGGGCGUUCGCGGUUAUGGCCCUCUAAUCAGAGAGUAUGUCUAUUUCCUGCUCGCCAAGCUGUCCUUCCAUCAGGCCCACCCCGAAUUCAACGGAACUUUCGAGUACGAAGAGUACAUUAGUCUCAAGGCCAUCAAUGACCCCAAUGAAGGCUAUGAGACCAUAACGGACCUCAUGGUGCUGCAAGAUAAGAUCGAGCAGUUCCAAAAACUCAUAUUUUCCCACUUUCGCAACGUCGGCAAUAACGAAUGCCGAAUCGCCGCGCUUGUGCCCCUCGUCCACGAAAGUUAUGGAAUUUACAAAUUCAUAACAAGCAUGCUUCGCGCCCUUCACACCAUUACUGGCGAUGACGAUGCGCUGCAGCCCCUCCGCGAACGAUACGAUGCUCAACACUACAGAUUGGUUAAGUUCUACUACGAGUGCUCCAACCUGCGCUACCUUACCAGCCUGAUUAAUAUCCCCAAACUCCCCCAUGAUGCGCCGAACCUGCUUGCUGAAGACGAGAAUGCCCCCGCUCUUCCUGCGCGUCCCAAGCAAGAGAUUGAGCGCCAGCCCACCCCCGUUCCCGCACCCAAAUCAGACGAGCCUGAUGAGAUCUCCGACUUCUGGAAGAGCGAACUGGACCGCCAGAAUAGAGAGUACGAGGAACAGCAGCGCGUUCUGGAGCAGCGACAGCAGUCCCAUCUCCAAGCCCAGCAGCAGGCCCAGCAGCAAGCGCAACGAGACUUUGAUGAGCAGCAGAGACGCCUGGCCGAGCAACAGCAGCGGGAGCAAGAGGCCCUUCUUGCCCAACAGGCGCAGUGGCAGACCCAGGGCAGACUGGCAGAGCUCGAGCGCGAGAACCUCAACGCGCGUUCGCGCUUUGAGCAGGACCAGCUGAUGCUACAAAAGUACGAUCAACGUGUUAAGGCUCUCGAGGGCGAGCUGGCUCAGCUGCAGAACAAUUACGGCCAGCAAAUCACCAGCAAGGACGAGCAGAUUCGAGCCCUGCAGGAGCAGGUCAAUACCUGGAGGACAAAAUACGAGGCUCUGGCCAAGUUGUACUCGCAACUGCGUACCGAGCAUCUUGACCUUUUGCAAAAGUUCAAAGGCGUUCAGCUCAAAGCUGCCAGUGCGCAAGAAGCAAUCGACCGACGCGAGAAGCUAGAGCGCGAAAUCAAGACCAAGAACCUCGAGCUUGCUGAUAUGAUUCGCGAACGCGACCGUGCCAUGCACGACAAGGAUCGACUCUCUGGCAGCAACAAAGACGAGCUAGAGAAGCUCAAGCGCGAGCUGCGCAUGACCAACGACCGCGCUGAUAACCUGGAGCGCAGCAAGGGCAACGAACUGUCGACUAUGCUCGCCAAGUACAACCGCGAGAUGAGCGACCUGGAGGAGGCUCUGCGUACCAAGUCUCGUGCCCUGGAUGAUGCUCACUCCAAACUCCAUGACGGCAGCUCCGACCUGGAGCAGCUCCUGCGCGACAAAGAAGAAGAGCUCGAGGUGUACAAGGCUGGCAUGGACCAGACGCUGAUCGAACUGAACGAUCUCAAGCAGAACCAGGGCAGCAACGACGAGGUCCUGGACAGCCAGCUUGAUGUCAUCAUUAUGGCCAACCUGGACAAGAUCAACGACAUCAUUGACUCUGUCCUCCAGGCUGCCAUCGGCCGCGUCGACGAUGCGCUGUACGAGCUUGACUCCACUAUGCAGGCUGGUAACCAAAACGCUUCGCCAGCCUACGUCUUGUCGCAGAUUGAAAAGGCUGCCGCUAGCGCCAUGGAGUUUGCGACAUCUUUCAACAACUUCAUUGCUGAUGGCCCCAAUAGCACGCAUGCCGAGCUGAUCAAGUCUGUCAACGUGUUCUCCGGAGCCAUGGCCGAUGUGUGUAGCAACACCAAGGGUCUGACGAGACUGGCAACCGACGACAAGAAGACUGACUCGCUGAUGAACGGUGCACGCCAAUCAGCCAUGGCGUCGGUCCAAUUCUUCCGCAGCCUGCAGAGCUUCCGCCUGGAGGGCAUGGAUCAAGUGCAAAAGACAGACGUUGUCAUCAACAGCAGCACAGACGUGCAGAUGAACCUGCAGAAGCUGAACAAGCUAGUCGAGGGCUUCGCUCCCGGGUUUGGCAAAUUUGCUAACAACAAGGGGGAUUUGGGUGAUCUCGUUGAUUCCGAACUAACCAAGGCAGCCGACGCGAUUGCAGCUGCGGCGGCUCGGUUGGCCAAGCUCAAGAACAAGCCUCGGAAUGGCUACUCGACAUACGAACUCAAGGUCAGCGACUCAAUUCUAGACGCAGCUACGGCCAUUACGAGCGCAAUUGCGGAACUCAUCAGAGCUACUACGGCCACGCAGCAGGAGAUUGUACAGGCGGGCAAGGGUUCGUCAUCACGCACGGCAUUCUAUAAGAAGAACAAUAGGUGGACCGAAGGCCUCAUCUCAGCAGCCAAGGCAGUAGCUUCAUCAACGAACACACUGAUUGAGACGGCAGACGGUGUGUUGUCGAAGCGCAACAGCCCCGAGCAGCUUAUUGUAGCCUCAAACGACGUGGCCGCCUCGACAGCACAGCUUGUGGCAGCCAGUCGUGUCAAGGCAGGGUUCAUGUCCAAGAACCAGGACAAGCUGGAGCAGGCCAGCAAGGCAGUGGGCGGGGCGUGCCGGUCCCUGGUGCGGCAGGUGCAGAACAUGAUCAAGGAACGGUCUCAGGAGGAGGACCAGGUUGAUUACUCCAAGCUUGGGCACCAUGAGUUCAAGGUACAGGAGAUGGAGCAACAGUAUCGCGGUGUCACGGUGCAUAUCUGCAAGCCACGUCUGGCCUGCAGAUGA